AUGGAUGGAAUUAAACUGAGUAGGGGAGGCCCAACUCUAUCCCACUUAUUUAUUGCAGAUGACUCUUUAGUCUUUUUGAGAACCACUAACCAGAAGUGCCGAAGCUUCCUGAAUUUGCUUGAUGGGUACUGCACUCCAUCUGGACAACAGGUGAAUUACAGCAAAUCCUCCAUCUAUUUGUCUCCUAAUGCUUCCCCCGAGUUAGAAGCUGAAAUUGGGGUAGCUCUUCGGAUCAACCCAACCACCGAUCCCGGAGUUUCCCUUGGGAUCCCAGCAAUUCGGGGCAUAUCAAAAAAGGAUGCUCGAGGGUAUAUUUGCGACAAAAUUCAGAAGAUGGUACAUGGUUGUAAAGCCAGUUCUUUGACCAUGGCUGGUAGGGAAGUUCUAAUCAAAUCUGUGCCUCUUGCGAUACCUGCAUAUCUUCUGUCUUGUGUCAAAUUUCUCUCCUCCACUUGCAAAGCUAUUAAUGGGGAUUGGGGAUCGCAUGAUGACGGAGGGAACAAGAUUUAUUGGAAAAGCUGGGAGCAUCUUUGCCUUUCCAAGAGUGAUGCAGGUAUGGGCUUCAGGGACAUUGAGACUUUCAAUGUAGCCGUCCUCGCAAAGCAGUGCUGGAUACUCUGGAAUAAUCCGUAUGCCAUUUGGGCUGUUAUUGUGAAGAGUUGUUAUUAUUGGGCUUUCUCGAGUUUGGGCAAAAAGUCCCUUCCUGCCCAUUCUUCUCACCAGAUUGAUACUCAUGUGUGGAAAACAACUUGGAAAAUUGACGUGGUUCCAAAGAUAAGGAACUUCCUUUGGAGGGUAGUGUCAAAUGCCAUGAUCCAUCCCUACCAAAUUUAA